UUUCUGACUGAGGCUUAUUUUUAACGCGCGUGGCUGCCUUCAGCCCCCUUUGUCUCCAUGGCGGGUUGAUGCUUUCUUUAUCUUUUAUUUGGCCUGUUGCUCGUUUAUUUCGUCGCGGUGAUUCUGCGUCGUCGCCGUGUUUUUGCGCCGUAAUGACAGGUGAUCUCAGGAUGACGCCUUUCUCUGUAAUCGCUCGAUGCAAAAGGUGCACAAGGGAGGUUUCUGCCUUUGUUUUCAUAUUGUUUAUUUAAUUGAAACCACCAGGGCUAACCGGCACUCAGAAUGAGAACCGUUCCCCCCUUGUGAAAGUCGGCAUUAUUAAUGGACAAUUAUUAAUCCUCAGGGGGGGACGCUAAUUGGUUAAGGGUUUUAAAGCCACGCACUGACUCGUUGAAUUUUGUGAUGUCCUAUUUUCGCGUGUAGCACGCGCGGCUCGUUGUGCAGGUUCGGUAGUUUGCAGGCAGAUUAUAAAGAGGUGGUGGAGGUCUGUGUGGCUGCAGAUAAAGAUGGUGUUUCGGAGUGAGGAGAUGUGCUUGGCGCAAUUGUUUCUGCAGUCCGGCUCUGAAUAUGACUGCAUCAGUGAGCUGGGGGAGCUGGGGCUUGUCGAGUUCAGAGAUCUCAACCCAAGUGUCAGCUCAUUCCAGCGGCGCUUUGUCAGCGAAAUCAAGAGAUGUGAGGAGAUGGAGAGGAUUCUGGGCUAUCUUCUGAGGGAGAUUCAGAAAGCUAACAUAGCUGUACCAGAGGAGGAUGAGAGUCCACUCGCUCCUCCGCCAAGACAAGUCCUUGAGAUCAUGGAACAGCUGCAGAGGCUGGAGAUGGAGCUCAGCGAAGUCGCUCGAAACAAAGAGAAGCUGCAGAGGAAUCUUCUGGAGCUCACCGAGUACACACACAUGCUGAAGAUCACACGCACCUUCAUCCACAGCCGCUCCAGACAUGAGGCUCUUGGUCCCCAGUAUGAAGAAUUCCCCACCAUGGAGACGGACUCGGUGACAGGAUGCACCGGCAUGCAGAGACUUGGAGCAAAGCUGGGGUUUGUUUCAGGUCUGAUCCAGCGGGUGAAGGUGGAGGCGUUUGAACGCAUGUUGUGGAGAGUUUGUAAAGGUUACACCAUCCUCAGCUACGCAGAGCUGGAUGAGAACCUCACUGAUCUCGACACCGGUGAGAUAAGCAAAAAUGUUGUGUUUCUGAUCUCUUUCUGGGGAGACCAGAUUGGACAGAAAGUCCAGAAAAUAUGUGAUUGUUACCACUGCCAUCUUUACCCACAUCCUGAGAAUGACGAGGAGCGGGCAGACGUGUUGGACAGCUUAAGGACACGCAUCCAAGACCUUAACAAUGUGCUGCACCGCACUGAGGACUACCUGAGGCAGGUCCUGCAGAAAGCUUCAGAGUCGGCCUACACCUGGGUGGUGCAGGUGAAGAAGAUGAAGGCGAUCUACCACAUCUUGAACCUCUGCAGCUUCGACGUCACUAACAAGUGUCUGAUCGCUGAGGUGUGGUGUCCCGUCAGUGACCUGGCAAACCUCCGAGGGGCGCUGGAAGAGGGCUCGAGAAAAGGUGAUGCCACUGUACCAUCCUUUGUGAACCGCAUCCCAAGUACCGACACUCCUCCAACCCUUUUAAGAACCAACAAGUUCACGUCCGGCUUUCAGAGCAUCGUGGAGGCUUACGGGGUGGGGGACUAUCGCGAGGUAAGCCCAGCUCCCUACACCAUCAUCACGUUCCCUUUCCUGUUCGCUGUGAUGUUCGGCGACCUCGGGCACGGGACCGUAAUGAGUCUCUUCGCCUUGUGGAUGGUGCUGACGGAGAAGAAGCAGACGAAAAAACGCUCCAGUAAUGAGAUAUGGACGACGUUCUUCAACGGGCGUUACAUUAUCCUCAUGAUGGGGCUGUUCUCCAUAUACACAGGGCUGAUUUACAAUGACUGUUUCUCCAAGUCUUUUAAUAUAUUUGGUUCUGGCUGGAGCGUCAAGGCUAUGUUUGCAAAUCAACAGUGGACAAACAAGACACUCCAAACAAAUGCUCUGCUCACAUUAGACCCUAAUGUCAGUGGUGUCUUCAGUGGGCCAUAUCCAUUUGGUAUUGAUCCUAUAUGGAACCUGGCAGUGAACCGUCUCUCCUUCCUCAACUCCUACAAGAUGAAGAUGUCCGUUAUAAUCGGGGUCAUCCACAUGAGCUUCGGAGUGGUUCUGAGUGUCUUCAAUCACUUGCACUUCCGACAGAAGUUUAACGUCUAUCUGCUGUUUCUUCCUGAGCUGCUCUUCCUGCUCUGUCUCUUCGGUUACUUAGUCCUCAUGAUUCUCUACAAGUGGUUAGCAUUCGGCGCACGAGACUCCAGCCAAGCUCCCAGUAUCCUCAUCCACUUCAUUAAUAUGUUUGUCAUGCAGGGGAAGGACAUGACUCCUUUGUACCCAGGACAGACUGGGCUGCAGAUUUUCUUGGUGUUGAUAGCUAUGCUGUCAGUUCCUGUUCUGCUGUUAGGAAAACCUCUGUACCUGUACUGGCUGUACCGUGGAGGCAAAGGCCUGCGCAGACGCAGAGGUUAUGAGAGGGUGAGGCGUGUAAGCGAGGAUGAAAAUUCUGCACCAGCUACGUAUGAAGAGGAUGAAGAGGAGGGACUUGAUGAAGUGCCAAGCAGAGAAGCUCUUCCCAAACAGUUUGACUUUGCAGAUGUGCUCCUGCACCAAGCUAUUCACACCAUAGAGUACUGCCUGGGCUGUAUCUCCAACACAGCGUCUUACCUUCGUCUCUGGGCACUCAGCUUAGCUCAUGCUCAGUUGUCAGAGGUGUUGUGGUCCAUGGUAAUGCGUUUGGGUCUGAGGAUCACCACGAGAGUCGGGGUUGUGUUUCUGGUCCCUGUUUUUGGCCUCUUUGCCACGCUCACUGUGUCCAUCCUACUUGUCAUGGAGGGCCUGUCAGCAUUCCUCCAUGCUCUCAGACUUCACUGGGUGGAGUUUCAGAACAAGUUCUACCACGGGACCGGUGUCAAGUUUGUGCCCUUCGACUUCUCCCUACUGCCGUCUGUUUUUGAACAGGACGGCUUGCUUUAAAACAAGACAAGGACUCUGAGGUGUAUGAAGGAAAGCAGACUUUAUAAUUGGUAAGGGGCUUGAAGGGGCUUUGAAUUCUCCACACUGUGAUAACGACGACAAACCUUCAAGAUUGAAACUCACUCUUGUAGCGUUUUUUCACCAUGACAAUUUUUAAAACAUUUUCGGCUGUGCUGACUGCCUUACUACAUUAUCCAGCAAACCUUUGAAUAAAAAGACGCUCAAAAUUCCUGUUCAGUUAACUAGUUAAUUUUGUAGGCAACACUUACUUAGCACUACUUUUAUGGGUGAAUUUGAAUUUUUGAUUUGCAUUGUGCUGUGUAAACUGGUUUUGUAUUAUUUACAUGUUAUUUAAAGUGAGAAAUUAUACAGCACAAUGUAAAGUUAAAAUACAUCACAACAAAACGACUGAAGUCCAUUUCAAGCAUCCUGAUAGUGCCAUAGAGAUUUAUUUCUGGUGAUGAUACGUGGAUGGAUGCCUUUGGCUUUUUAACCUGAGGAGAGCAAACCUGUCAGCAGCAAAAUCUUAAAUCUAAACAUUAAAGCCCCUUUUUGUGAGACGUAUUGUCACAAAGCACUUUGCAGAAAUGAUUGUACAAUUAAAAUUUUUCACUACUGACUGUGAUGAUGCCAAAUGAAAACUAAUCUACAACUGUUAGCUGUUCGCUUAUUUACUUAUUAAUGCAUUUAUUUAAAUGUAACCUCCCCUGUAAUCAAUAGUAAACUAUCAAAAACUCAAGAAAAAGUCAAGAAGCCUUAGGUCUUUCUUUGAUGAUACUGCUUGUUGCAUUUGUUAAUAAUUUAUCACGGUAUUUAUUUAAAU